CAUGUGCCGAUGCAGUUGAACGUUUUUUAUACCAAAUGUAAAAAGACACACACAAAAUCACAAAAACAGCAAACAACAAGUCUACAACGAAAGUAGAACAAACAAUAAUCAUUUAUAAUUUGAUCAGAUAAAAAAUCAAAGAAAGAAUUUCAGUGCAAUUGAAAAAAAGUCACUAACAACACUCGUACGCAAAUAAGCAAAAUAAAUAAAAUUGUGCUACUAGCCGCCAUUAUAAUAAUCGAGGGUAUUAACCAACACCAUAAUAGGCUGAGGACGGUGUGGUACUACAUUACCAGAGUAGAAAAGGAAGAUUAUCAAAUUUCGUUUGAAAUCCAGACAACUUAAAUUUUAAAAAAUUAUCAGAAAAUAAAUUCUCAACAUGUCUUUGCUGACGGGUAGUGCGAAUUGCAUAAAAUAUGUGCUCUUUGCAUUCAAUUUAGUUUUUAUGCUAACUGGCAUUAUUUUAAUUGCUGUGGGUGUUGGUGUUGCCGCCGUCUAUUCGGAAUAUGAAGCAUUCCUGGUCUCCAAGUUCUUUUCGAUUCCAACAUUUUUAAUUGUUAUUGGCUCUUUUGUCAUUGUCAUCUCCUUCUUUGGCUGUUGGGGUGCUUUGAAGGAAAACUAUUGCCUGAUAUUGACCUUCUCCGUGCUGUUGGGUCUGAUAUUCAUACUGGAAUUGGCUGCUGGCAUUAGUGGUUAUGUAUUGCGCAACGAUGCUGAGAGUUUGAUAAAGGGCACAUUGACGAGUUCUAUGAAGCAAUACAAUUCUACGCACUCAAAUGAUGUUACAGUUCUGUGGGACUAUGUGCAAAGAACAUUCCAAUGUUGUGGAGUGCAAAGCUAUACCGAUUGGAAUACCACUUUGGGUGAUAAUUUACCUUUAUCCUGUUGCAGAUUGCCAGUUGGUCAAGUGGGACAGUUCUCGUGUACCGUUAAUAAUGAGGAUCCCAACCGCUACAGCAUGGGCUGUCUGAGUGAAUUCUCCAAUUACAUAGCUGCUCAUGCUGUCAGUUUGGGUGCAGCUGGUGUUGUAAUUGCCAUUAUUCAGUUCUUUGGCGUUCUCUUUGCUUGCUACAUUGCUCGUGAGAUCAAAAUCCGUAAUGGAGUCACAGGAUUUAUGGGUUAAUAAAUGAUGUGUGCGUGUGUGUGUGGAUCAAAAGUAUUAAAAUAAUAUCACAUAGACAGUUAUUUUCCUAGUUUUUCUUAAUGUUGAGAAGAAAGCAUGUUAAUUAUGUUUAAAUUAUUACAAAAAAGAAACUUAAUUUUUAUGCACAAACGUUUUUCCAAACUUUAAAUAAAUAAUUUGAAAAUAAUGAAUUGUAUGAAAUGCAUAAGUUGUCCGACAAACGACAUAAUCAUUUCAAAAUUAAA